CGUUACAGUCGUCUUUCAUCAGAACAUCGUAAUUAUUUUUCGCCACAUGCGUCGACUUUAUAAUCCGUUUCUCUACAGCGAACGUCGUUUCAACUUAUUAACGGAUUGUUGUACUAUUGUACGUAGAGAGCGCAAGCAAACGCAGCUAGUGAAACAAAGCAAACGAUUCUUUUGUAUUUCGCGUCGUCUAGGAAGAGAGGAUCAACUGGAAAGUAGGAGCCUAGAGUGUGACGUGAACGCAACUGUAGCUGCUAGACGUUUAGUGAGCCAAGAACUGGGUGUGAUAAACGAGAGAAUACAGAAGGAGCUGGAUCGUUGUAGAGUUGGUGAACUUCGUGAAGCUAGUGGUUAUUAUUUUAAUCAGAAAGGGAAGUUGUUUCGACCAAUGGUUGCUCUACUAAUGAGUCGAGCGUGCAACAAUGUUCAAACAAUUUCUAAGGAGCAGCAAACUAUUGCAAUGGUUACUGAAAUGAUCCACACUGCCACUCUUGUCCAUGACGAUGUUAUUGACCUGGCAACUACACGUCGCAGUCAACCAGUUGCAAACCGUCUGUGGGGUGACAGGAAUGCUGUGUUAGCCGGAGAUUUUAUCUUGGCUGUUUCAUCAGUUGCCUUGUCUCAAGUCAACAAUCCUCUAGUUGUUGAACUGAUGUCACAGAUUUUAGACAAUUUAGUGAAAGGUGAGAUUAUGCAGUUGGGCACUAAAAGCAAAAGCGAGGAGAGAUUCAUGCAUUACAUCGACAAGACCUACAAGAAAACUGGAAGCCUACUAGCUCACUCAUGCAAAUCCGUUGCUGUACUCAGCCAAUGCGAUCCACUGUUGUGUGACGUAGCUUUCCAGUAUGGACGGAAUCUUGGAAUUGCGUUUCAGCUCAUUGAUGACAUGCUUGAUUUUAUAUCAACUUCGGAGGUGUUGGGCAAGCCAGCUGCUGCCGAUCUUAAACUAGGACUAGCAACCGCUCCGGUUUUAUUUGCUUCAGAAAUGUAUCCAGAGCUGGAGCCGAUGAUCAUGAGAAGGUUUGCUCAUAGAGAAGACAUCGAUUGGGCACUCAGUCGAGUGAGAUUGAGCGAUGGUAUUCAAAAGACUCUAGUUCUUGCUCAGCAAUAUGGGAAAGCUGCUGUGCAGAGUGUCAAGAAUCUGCCAGAGAGUCGUGAGAGAACAGCACUAGAAGAUAUAGUAGAAGACGUUCUAACGAGGACAAACUAGACAACACCCUAAUAUUGACGAAACUAAAUUUACCAAAUUCAAAAUUGUCACACCACCUAAGAUGCUUGCUGUGGUAAACAGUAAUUUAUUCUUGUCUUCACAUUUUUGUUUUAUUCUUGCUGUUAUUUUUUAUCUCAACAAAGAUGAUAAUUGUGAUCUUUUCAUUGCCAUUUGGACAGCAAAUUUUUUAUAAUUUUUGUUUAAAAAAUUUUUUGCCCGUAAAAGGGUGGGCAGGUAGGCAACCACAUGGGUUAGUCUGUCUCACUUAGAAUGUUAUGCACAUGAAGACUAAACGUAGAUGUUGACAAGAGAUUGAGUGGCAUUUCUGUUAGGUCUGCAUCCCAUCUUUGUUAAUUGAUUGCAUAAUACUUUUUAUUGGCAGAAGUUGUUCUACAGGAUGAGCUCGUUUG